UACUUGCCUACUUGCUAGUUGUAUGACGUUUGACGUGACGGAUGUGUAAUACAAUAGAUUGCGCAUAAAAGUAAAUUAUAAAUAUUUCCAUGUUUUACCCUUAAGAAAGUAUGGCUAAAACAAAAGUGACCGGUGCCACUAGCAGGCUAAAGCAAGACUACUUGCGGCUAAAAAACGACCCAGUGCCGUACGUUACUGCGGAGCCUGUGCCGUCAAACAUUCUGGAGUGGCAUUAUGUGGUACGAGGACCCGAGAAAAGUCCAUACGAAGGUGGUUACUACCAUGGGAAAAUCAUAUUUCCCCGGGAGUUUCCGUUUAAACCGCCGUCGAUCUACAUGAUCACGCCCAACGGCCGCUUCCGAACCAACACACGUCUGUGCCUCAGCAUCACGGAUUUCCACCCCGACACUUGGAACCCGGCGUGGUCUAUCUCGACCAUCCUAACGGGCCUGCUAAGUUUCAUGCUAGAAAAAACACCUACCUGGGGUUCCAUAGAAACAUCAGAUUACCAGAAACGGUGCAUGGCAGCUGAAUCUCUGGAAAUUAAUAUAAAAAACAAGAUGUUCUGUGAACUAUUCCCCGAAUUUGUGGAGGAAAUUGAACAACAGUUGAAGGAGAGACAGGAAGCCAUGUUGCAAGCAGAGGAGGUUCCGGGUAGUGAAAGUGAAGUGAUGACAGAGCAACAGUCAAACAUGUACUAUAUUAUGACAAAUUUGUUUGUUCUUGUGGGUUUCAUCUUCCUCGCAUAUAUGGUGAAAUACGUCCUAGUCUCUAUAUCCAAUGACUAGACUAUUAAAUAUUGCUAAAUUU